AUGGCCACGGCGGCGGCGGCGGCCGCGGCCCGUGGGGCGGGCGCGAGGGCGGCGGCGUCCUGGCGGGCCGGCUGGGGGCGGCCCGUGCGGCGGCUGUGCUCGGCUCCGGGGACCGCCCCGGACAUGAAGCGCUACCUGUGGGAGCGCUAUCGGGAGGCGAAGCGGAACACGGACGAAUUGGUUCCUUCAAUCAUGAGCAACUUGUUGAAUCCUGAUGCCAUUUUCUCGAACAAUGAAGUGAGCCUGUCGGACAUUGAAAUCUAUGGUUUUGAUUACGAUUACACUUUGGUGUUUUACUCCAAGCACCUGCACACGCUGAUCUUCAAUGCUGCUCGGGACCUUCUCAUCAAUGAGCACCGGUAUCCUUCAGAAAUCAGGAAGUAUGAAUACGACCCCAAUUUUGCAAUCCGUGGGCUUCAUUAUGAUGUGCAGCGGGCGGUGUUGAUGAAGAUUGAUGCCUUUCAUUACAUCCAGCUGGGAGCUGUCUACAGGGGCCUCAGCGUGGUCCCUGAUGAAGAGGUCAUCGAGAUGUAUGAGGGCUCCCAUGUGCCUCUGGAGCAGAUGAGCGACUUCUAUGGCAAGAGCUCUCACGGGAACACCAUGAAACAGUUCAUGGACAUCUUCUCACUGCCGGAGAUGGCCCUCCUGUCUUGCGUGAACGAACACUUCCUGAAGAACAACAUUGACUAUGAGCCUGUGCACCUGUAUAAGGACAUUAAGGAUUCCAUUCGAGAUGUCCACAUCAAAGGGAUCAUGUACCGAGCUAUUGAAGCGGAUAUUGAGAAGUACAUCUGCUAUGCUGAGCAGACCCGCGCGGUGUUGGCCAAAUUGGCGGACCAUGGCAAGAAGAUGUUUCUCAUCACCAAUAGUCCUAGUAGCUUUGUUGACAAAGGAAUGAGGUAUAUCGUUGGGAAAGACUGGAGGGACCUGUUUGAUGUGGUCAUUGUUCAGGCCGAGAAGCCAAACUUCUUUAAUGAUAAGCGGAGACCUUUUCGAAAGGUGAACGAGAAAGGUGUCUUACUCUGGGAUAAAAUCCACAAGUUGCAGAAAGGCCAGAUUUACAAACAGGGCAAUUUAUAUGAAUUUUUGAAGCUAACUGGCUGGAGAGGAUCGAAAGUGUUGUAUUUUGGUGACCAUAUAUACAGUGACCUAGCGGACCUGACCCUGAAGCACGGCUGGCGCACGGGUGCCAUCAUCCCAGAGUUGCGGUCUGAGCUGCGCAUCAUGAACACGGAGCAGUACGUGCAGACCAUGACGUGGCUACAGACGCUGACUGGCUUGCUGGAGCAGAUGCAGGUACACAGAGAUGCAGAGUCACAGCUGGUCCUGCAGGAGUGGAAAAAGGAGAGGAAGGAGAUGAGAGAAAUGACCAAGGGUUUCUUCAACGCCCAGUUCGGCAGCCUGUUCCGCACUGACCAGAACCCAACAUACUUCUUGCGGCGCCUGUCUCGCUUUGCCGACAUCUACAUGGCCUCCCUGAGCUGCCUCCUCAGCUAUGAUGUCAGCCACACCUUCUACCCCCGCAGGACUCCACUGCAGCAUGAACUCCCCUCCUGGGCUGAUGGGCCCCCCACCUUCAGGCUUCCUCUCCUGCAGGCCGCCCAGGCCAAGUAACCAGCCAACCUUGCUGGGGUGCGAGCAAAGCCAGAGACUGCAGGACCGGCCUAGCUGGCCUAAGUGUUGCUUUUGGGAAAGAGGCGCCCACGUCUCCUGUGAUACCCAUUUUCUACUUUGGAGGAGGUCUUGCCCAUAGGGUGCAGCUGCCCUUCUGCCACCACCUCUCCAACCAUUGAGCAUUGGAGGGCAGACUGUGUUGGGCCAUACCCUCUGCCACCCAUACCCGCCUCUCCCUGUCUCUGGGAGGCACAGCUCAGAGACUCCUGCUACUUUUGGGGAGACUCACUGAGCAGUCAUGUGUGAAACAUAGGGGCUCAUGCACGUGAUGCUCCA